CGUUGUCAACGAGCCUAGCGCGAUAUAAGCGGUUGGAUUCUCGGAUGCUCCCGGUAGUCUGUCAUAAACCCUAGAGAGGAAGAAAAAGAAACCAAGCCCUGGGUUUCUGCUUGGAGGGAGAAGCACUUCCCUCCCACUGCCUGAAGCGCCUGCUGCGUCCCAGCGUUUGAGUUCACCGUUUCCUUCUUUUGAAGAAACACAAGUGAAAAUGUUGAAGGUGGUCACACCGAAAACGAAGAAAGCCCAAAGAGAGAUCGAGAAGCGGGCGCCCAAACUUGUGGAAAAUGCGAAGAAGACUCUCAUACUUCAGGGCACGAAAACCAGCAAUGUGUUGAGCUCUGUUCUGGCUGACAUCUAUCGCCUCAAAAGAGCAGGAGGGGGUGCCAUUAGGUUUACCAAGAAAAAUGAUAAGAUAAAGCCAUUUGAGAGUGGUGGAGAAACCUCGCUUGAAUUCUUUUCUCUUAAGACGGAUUGCAGUCUAUUUGUGUUUGGUUCACAUUCAAAAAAGCGGCCAAACAACCUUGUUCUGGGACGUUUGUUUGAUAACCAUGUAUAUGAUCUAAUUGAAGUUGGAGUCGAAGACUAUAAGUCAAUGGAGUCAUUCUCCUAUGAUAAGAAGUUUGCUCCUCGAGUGGGUUCAAAACCUUUUUUUGCAUUUAUUGGAGAAGGCUUUGAGACUGUUGAAGAGAUGAAACAUUUGAAGGAGACCUUACUUGAUCUUUUCAGAGGGGAGGUGGUAGAAUAUCUUAACCUUGCAGGGGUUGAUAGAGCGUUUGUAUGUACUGCUGUGUCAUCAAACAAAGUGGUUCUCAUGCACUGUGCUAUUCAGCUUAAAAAGUCGGGCACAUCCAUUCCUAGAAUUGAACUGGUAGAAAUUGGCCCAUCCAUGAAUUUGGUGGUCCGACGACAUCGCCUUCCGAAUGAUGAUCUAAGGAAGGAGGCCAUGAAGACUCCUUCUGACAAACUAAAGAAAAAGCAAAAGAAUGUGAGUGGUGACAUCAUAGAAGGAAGAAUAGGGAAGAUAUAUGUUCCAGAUCAACAGGUUGGAACUGUGGUACCAUCCCACAAAAUGAAGGGGAUGAAGAGAGAGCGUAGAAAGAAGAAAAAUGAUGACUUGCAUGAGAGAUCAAAAAAGCAGAAAGUAGAUCUGUCGUGAUACUGACAUCAGUACAAGUUCCCUUCCGCAUGCCAUCGGUUAUGUUUUCCGAGUGCCAGUCAUGGUCCCAGAUCAUUUUUGUCCCUGUUCAUUUAGUAUCCUACAUUCAGUAGUUCUUAUUGGGUAAUGUUGUUCUAAUGUGAUUGAUCCCAUUUUAUUUUAACAAUUUUAGGAUAUUGUCUUCAUUUGAGAGAGAGAUAGAGACCACUUCCCUGCUGAUACAUGUGAAUAUAAAAAUAUAUGCAACCAAUUCAAUCAA